AUGCGCCGCUUCUCGACGGUCAACAAGGCCGAAGUGAGCAAGUUCACCCGCGCGGCCAGUGACUGGUGGAAACCCGAGAGCAACACCGGCGUCGGCCUCCUGCACCAGCUCAACCCGAUCCGCGUCCAGUACAUCCGCGAGCAAGCGAUUACGCACUUCAAAAAGGAGCCGCUCAAUGCUCAGUCCGCGUGGCCGCUCAAGGGCCGCCGCGUCUUGGACGUUGGUUGCGGCGGCGGUAUCCUCUCGGAAGCGUUGGCCCGCCUCGGCGCCAACGUGACGGGC